GGGCCAUCUCCUCCUUGCCUCCAUUCCUGACGGCAGUCUGGGGCUCCGAGUCCACAACUGAGGGGCCCAGGAUGCUGUUGCUGGGAGCUGUUCUACUACUGCUGGCCCUGCCUGGUCACGGCCUGGAAACCACUGAAGGGCCCGGAGUCCCGCACCCCCUGCCCAAGGGGGCCUGCGCAGGUUGGAUGGUGGGCAUCCCGGGGCAUCCUGGCCACAAUGGGAUCCCUGGCCGAGAUGGCAGAGAUGGCGCCCAUGGUGAGAAGGGCGAGAAAGGAGAUCCAGGUCUUGCUGGUCUUAAGGGUGACACUGGUGAAACUGGAGUGACUGGGAUUGAAGGUCCCCGAGGCUUUCCAGGAAUCCCAGGCAGAAAAGGAGAACCUGGAGAAAGUGCCUAUGUAUACCGCUCAGCAUUCAGUGUAGGACUAGAGACCCGGAGCACCGUCCCCAACGUUCCCAUUCGCUUUACCAAGAUCUUCUACAAUCAGCAAAACCACUAUGACAGCACCACUGGCAAAUUCCACUGCAACAUUCCCGGGCUGUACUACUUCUCCUACCACAUCACAGUCUACCUGCAGGACGUGAAGGUCAGCCUCUACAAGAGGGACAAGGCCGUGCUCUUCACCUAUGACAAGUACCAGGACAAGAACGUGGACCAGGCCUCUGGCUCUGUGCUUCUCCAUCUGGAGAAGGGUGAAGAGGUCUGGCUCCAAGUGUACGGGGAUGGAGAGAAUAACGGGGUCUAUGCAGACAAUAUCAACGACUCCACCUUCACCGGCUUCCUUCUCUACCACGACACCGAGUGAGCACCACUAACUCAUAAUCUCCACCAUGCCAAACGGCCCUAAGUCAAAGGAGAGCCCACAGGUCUUCAAUUCAUUAGGAGACUGAUUUUGUUAUCUAGUUGGAGGGCUCUGAUCAUCUUGCAUUCAUUCAUUCAUUCAUUUAUUUAUCAAGUACCUUUAUUAAAAAAUCAUACACUGUGUUCCCAGGACAGUCCUGAAGAAGGCACGUCCCUUGGCCUCAAGGAGCUAUUAUGAAGUGGUCAUAGAGGGAUAAAAACAUUUACUGGGGAGUUUCACAUACAUGACAAGAAAGUAGCUGACAGUGCUAUUCUGUGCCCACUGUUUUCCCUCAUGUUCAUGCCAGUCCUGUGAAGUGCACAGGAAAGAUACUAUUCACCUCUUGAGGAUGAGAGAGUUAAGUGAAUGCCUAAGGUCACACAGGCAUUAAGUGGCAGAGUUAGAACUCAGACCCAGGGCCAUGGACUUUUUCCAGUAUACUGUGCCCUUUUUAACGAGUAUAUGGCUUUUUAGGGGAUGUUGGUAGGGGUCUCCCACCCAGCUCACCCAGGGGCCUUUGAAUUAGGCUUCACCAUGCAUUAACCCUUUCCCCGGCAGAGCUUCCUCAGGGAAGGUGCCUCUUUGACUAGGUCCCAGUCCAGGUGGACUAUGCAGUGGCCCCUGCACUACCCUGAACUUCCUCUUCUCUGUCUUUCCUCAUGCUCUUCUGUCUGGCCCUGAACGUCAGCCCCAUCUCCACAUGCUAAAA